AUGCUCCAAGCUUUCUACUUCUGUCCCAUUGGGCAAGUGCUGCACCGACAGUCGUUCAAAGCAAAGCAACUACGUCGCAUCGAAUCUCACCCGAAAAUGACCUUCCAAUCAAAAUUUGUGCAAGAUUUAUGCACAACCGAUACGGAAGCGCACGAGCAGCUGAUACAGCUCGCACAGAGCGAGCAAAUCUUCCUGCAGAAUGUGCACAAUCUGCACAAACCAUCGCUCGAAGCCCUGGUGUACGCGCUGCUGAUGAAGCAGCGGGGAAAACUACCCGCCUCGCUGCUGCAUGGCGUUAACCUGCAAACUAUCCUGUCGCUCGUGGACGGCAACCACGACCGCCUGCAAGGGGAUAGCGAUUCACUCCGCUGGACUUUGAGCGCCCUAGCGCUGACGGCACUGCUCGAGUCCGAUCUGCAGAUCGUGAUCCGGGAGCUGACAACGUUUGUGGAUCGGUUCGAGCGGGAGCUGCACGCAACGCCGGUCUACUAUGAUGUGUUGCAAACGUUUCUCAUCCUAGCACAAGAGCUUCCCGAGCUGGUUGCCAUCUGCAACCGAGCUAACGGUGCGGACAUGGUGCGCCGGUUGCAGUCGGACUCGAGGGUGAUGCGCACGAAAGCGUUGGCAUGUCUGCAAACGAUGAUGGAACUGAAUCCCGAUCUGGUCGAACAGUGGCUGUCCGAGACGCGCAGUCCGGCGCACCCGAUUGAACGGAAAGUGUUUCUGCUGCGUGAGCUGCUAGAAGCGUUGUUGCGGUGUACGGGCGACAGGAAAGCGGACAUACUGAGCGCAUUGCAGCUAGAUCACCUGUGGUUGGUCGUGUUCGAGGCGUUGGUCAGCAGGGACGCCGUGUGCCGAAUGGAAGCCGUAGCCAUUCUCCGGCACGCCAUCGGUUACGCGAUGCACUGCGAAAUGAGUUUUACCGGACAGUACUUUGCCUGGUGGCCAGAGUGGGAGAAAUGCUGCGAUGCGUGGCAAUCGAUUGUUGCCGUACUGGAGAGGCUGGACGAAUUCAAACUAGCAGUGCCGAUGGAACAGAUCGAAAAGCUGUUGGUCCUGCUGCACUGGGAGUGGAAAACUGUUCUGUUCCGUUUGCUCCUGGACCACACCAACGGCCAGGUGGUAAUGCAUGUUCACGACUAUUUUUUGAAGUAUCGCAAGUUCAACGCCACGGAGGCGGAGAUGGAAAAGCGACUGUUGGACGGCUUAAACCGAGCGCCACUGGCGGCCGGUGGUAGUGUGCCGAAAGGUGUGAUUGACAAGCUGAGCAAGUACUACGACACACAGAAAGCGUACGAUUAUCUACUGCAAACAAUACCGGAACUCUCAUGGAACCCGGUCGCGUUCCAUUGCAUCGUCAGCGUAGUGCACCAAAGGACGUUCAAGCUGGCAGCGCAAUGCAAACGCAGGCAGGAAACGGCUGCAACGAUACGAUCGCUUACGAGCUGCGCUAAAGUAUGCCAUGAUAUUAAAAACUUGCCCCUGCGCUUCGCGGCCUUUGUGCUGCUGGUGCAUUGUGUCAAUCAGCUUGCCGAACCGACGACCGAUGCGGCCGUUCUGCUGGCCGUAGUCGCGGAAAUGCAGAAGCUUACCCCAAUGUUCGCCAUCACCCAGGAACACUUUCGCAGUCCGGAUGGCAGCUUGUUCCUGGACCGCCUAACGAAUGAUGCCCUGGAGCCGCACUGGGGAAGGGUCAGCCCUGCGGACACUUUUCUCAUCGAGCAGGUGCUGGUACAAAGAGCUAAAAACAGCCUAUACGCUUGCCUUGAGUUGAGUAGCCAUAUGCUGGAAUCGAAUAUUUCCGUUUGUUGCAAGCUGUUGGGACAUAUGCCCGAAUCAGUUAACAGCGUAUUUAAUAGCAUUUGCAAUAACUUUCAAUCUGCGGUGGAUAGCAUCAGACAGGCGCAGGAAGCAGGCGAACGUAUACCGCAGCAAGCAUUCGCUGUGCGUGAGCAGCUGAUCGCUCUGCAGGAAGCAGUUGACAAGAGGAAAUUUGAUUAUCCGCCAAAUUUGAGCGGUAUGAUGAGUCUGAUGAAGGAAUUGCAAGCAUUUGUAGACGAGCGGUUGCAAAGCUUCGACUACGCAGACCAUGCAAGGGCGAUAGAAACGAUACAGCUAACACAUCUGAUCGCAUGGCACGAGGACUGUUGUAAAGUGGCUUCUCUUUUCUUCCAGUCCGUAUCCGUUCAAGAGCUCAAAAACAGUCUCGAUCGUCGCGGUGUGGGGGAAGCGCCAACGACCGAUCAAGUGUAUGCAAUGGUUGUGGAAAUUCACCUCAACUAUCGCCAGCAUGUGCAGAAUUUCAUUGAGAUAUACAAAACGGAAGAGCAUUGGUCGGGACUGCACAUCUUGUUUGAUAUCGAUAACGUCGACGUGUUAACGCUGGCGGUUGAGCUGCUUUACGCGGACUGCAAGAAAAUGGAAGACGUACGUUACCGAAACUCCAACCGAGUGAAUAUGAUCGAUCGCUGCUAUGAGAAAAUUUUAACCCACCACCAAUCGGAGGACCACUUCCUGACACUGAUGUCAAAAUUUGUGAAAAUGCUGCUCGAUCCAUUAUGUGCGGAGAACAUGGAAUAUGACGAUGUGUAUAUUCCUGACUUUGUUCUAAAGUACUUGUCCAUGUUUUUCGAGCAGGGCAGCAGCACCACUCAAGAACUGCCACUUGUUGUGCUGGAAUGCCUGGUCCGCUUUCCGGAAGAAUUUUUCCGCUAUUUUCAUUGGCUAAUUGUCAAAAUUUUAGCACAGGGCAUGAUCUUUGGUAAGGGACCAAUGCGUGAUGCUAGCAGCCAAGAAGUGGAUGUGAUAAAACGGUUUGGUUUGGACGUACCGUUGAAAAAACGCUACCAAGCGGAUGGGCGUAUGGUUCGCGUGAUGUGCAGUUUGUUUCUCCAUCGGUUCAACCAUUUCAAAGUCGGUGCUUUUAACAACCUGGUGACCAAGGUGGAAGAAAACCUAAUGCAAUACUUCACGGAAUCUAAAAUGGUUAUGCAUCACGUACAUCGCUUCGAGAUCUACCCUCUGCAGAAGCUUUGGGCGGCGCAAGCGCUGUGCAUAGCGGUGUCCAUCGCGGGCUGCAGUAAACCGGACCUCCUGCUGAAGGCACUGCUGUACGAAGCGAACCCGACCUGCAUACAGCGUCUGCUCGAGCUGAUCGUGGUGGACAGCGAGAUUAGCACGCUGGCCAUCGCCAACUCGCUCAAGGACGGGAAGGUGACGCCGGCCGGCAUAGAGUCGAUCUGCGGCAUCCUCUGGCUGCGCUGCUGUCGCGAUAAGACGCUCAAUAAUCAGUCUAUCUAUUUGUUAAUGCCCUGGACGAUGGCCGAAAGCUUCACCAUUGGCUUGUGGGCACAGAUCACUAUAAGCAAGCUGCUGGCACGGUUUGCACGUGCGGAUAAGCCGCAGUUCAAGCAAAUGUACACCAUGUUCAAACAAUCCCAUCAGCAGACUAACAUUAAGCCGCACGUUACACGGAUACUGCGGGACGUUCGAUUCCAACUUGACAGCAACUGUUUGCUAACGUUCGAGAACGUGUUUCACAACAUACCGAAGGCGGCCGGUGUACCGGCCGAGGACGUCGCAGGGACGGCGCUGCUGAAGGCAUGCGUUCAGCUGCUUGAUGGACUCGGCGAAAAAUUCCUCGGCAAAGCAAUGCGGGUGCAGAAACUGCCGCGGGAAGUGGUGGAAACCAACCGUGUGCCUUACCAACCGACAGACUGGACGGGCUACUUCGUCCCGCCAGAGCAUGCGAUCGUGCCGCUGAAGCGGUUGGAUCCGCGUCAAGAUCUGAUGCUUGAGCUGCCGUAUCGGUUGUACAAUUCGCCGCAAAAGAGGGAAGCUUCCGAAUUGUGCGUGGUAGCCAGUAACGUUACCAAUGUGCCCGAUCUGGCGGACCUUGCCAGAAUGGGCAAACGCUUUGGAAUCAAGCAGCUGUUCAUCAACUCGCUGCAAGAUCUUGACAGCAAGCAGUUCAAGAUGCGUAGCGCGUCCGUCGAACAGUGGCAAACGGUGCGUGAACUGAAGGCCCACAAUGUGUACUCAUAUCUGUGGGACUUGCAGGACAAAGGUUACACGCUAGUGAACGUCAAACACACGGAAACCCCCCAGAGCACACCGCUCCAUCAGCUACAGUUGCCCAAAAAGUGUGUGCUUGUACUAAACCUGCUGGAGAGAUUUCCACACGCGGUCCUGAAUGUGUACAUACCGCCGAUUGGGGCUAAACGGUUGCUAACCGUUCCCGAAACGGCAGCCUUGUUGAUGUGGGAGUACGCGAAACAACACCACGCUGCCGCUAUGUAGGGUUGAUCCAUAGCAUCGGGGUAGUAUCCGGGCGCAGUUGGAAGUUGGAAAGGGAAAAAAACCAGGAGCUUUCAAUUAGUGGCGCUUUGAAUGCUGCGAAACAGUAAGCUUCUCCUGAGGAUACUUACACCUUGAAAGAAAUUUGUGUUGCAUUAUUCUUUUUAAAAUCAUUAUCUUUUUCUGUUUUUUAAAUUUGUAUCAUCUUACUUUACUAUUAAUCAUUUAUAAAGUAUUUUCAAUUGAAA